AUGGAGCAGAGAAACAGGCAUACUUUGGAUGAAGAGAAUGAACGCAUAGUUAUUUGCAGCAGUGCGUCUUACUGCUAUUUCACGCUCUCCAUUCUAUUAUUUUCUGUUGGUACUGUGAUAACAAUAUUAGCUUUGGACGAAAAUGAUGGAGUUUUUUCUAAUUUGACGCAUAUGUGGCUGGUUGGUCCACUUUUCAUUAGUUCAGGUUUGAUGGUUGCUGUGAAAACUAUUAUGUAUUUACGAAAAGAGACAAUGAUCAUGUUUUUAACUCGACAAAGAACUCUUCUAAGAGAGUUCAACUAUCCAUCGUUGGAAAUUGCAUUUACUAGGAGUUGCAGCAAUUUGACUAGGCCACCUUCUUACGACACAGUAAUUGGAGGAAGUCAGCAAGCAUCUCAAUUCAUUACUGAUCGUGAUAUUAACAUGAAUCUUGAUAACAGUUCUUUAAAUAUCGAGAAUCCUCCACCCUCAUAUGAAGAAGCUGUGCUUCUGAUAAAUCAGAAUCAAACCACUAGGGAGGUCACUAUUCAAACUUGCUAA